CUUUAUUGUUAAUUUUCAACCUCGUUAUGGCAUAAUAUGGCUUCUGGUCUAAGGCCAUGUCUUAUAGGAGGAUCGCUGGAGUUCAGGGGGAUGCCAAUGAAACUGCAUCCAAGUUUAACACAAAAUGUAUUUCUUAGGGACGGAAAGAUGCGUUUUUCUUAAAACAAGAUGGGGCUGUUUGAACCAGUGGUGGUGUUUUGUCUUCAUCGUGGGAUUUGUAGUUCUGUUCGUGUGCGUUGUGAUCUUGUAUUGGUGUGUCUCCGAUUGCAUCUUAACUAUGGAUCAGCAGUUUUAUAAUCUAUAGACUUAUCAUUCAUUGAUUUAGUUUUGAAAAGUAGUUUAUUCAUCUACAUGAAACAGCAUAUUGACCACGGGUGUAGCCACCAUGAGGCAGAAUUACGAGUCGAAGGCGUUGCUUAUUAAUAAUAAUAAGAAGAAAUCUACGCUGACGUUGCUUGGUAACCUUCCUAGAACAUCCAGUCAGGCAGUCUAAUUAAUAUUCAUAACUCAAGCCUUCCCCACGGUAGGAUUCGUUAAUUGGUCAGUUUACCAGCAGAUCAAGUAUUUCAGCCAAUAAAGUAUUUCAACGUCAUUUCUACGUCACUUAGUUCGUAAAUAUUCAUGAGUGAAGCUUGUCCGGUCUGUAGCGUCGAUGCGUCUUGAAUGAGUUCAGUGAGCGUUGCGCGUCCUCUACAGAUAGUGAAGAGUCACUGCAUGGAUGUUUGACGCGCUGCAGUGCGACAAGGAUGCGCGACAGUUGCUUUAUUGUCAUUUAUUAAUCUCAAAGCAUUUACUUACUGGAUAAAAUAACAUUUACGUAUAUAUUUUUUUAAUUAUCUCGUCUUUGGCGGUUUGCAUCAUGCUGCUCUCUGAAGCCCGUCCUAGUAUAUACUGCGAAUUCAAGCACACAUCACGUGUCAUUUCUGUAUAUUUGCCAUAACCUUGGACUCUGGUAUGCGUAAACCGUUUGCAUGAUUGAUAUUUAAUAGGCACAAUGACAAUGAGAUAACCAACUAGGUGUUUUGUGGCUUUCAGCUUCAAUGGAUUCAUCGGAGCGAUUGAAGAAGGCUUUGUUACGUGCAUAAGUUACAUUGUAACAGAUUGUCUUCGCGUUUAAAAAUUUUGAUCACACCUGAGGGGAUUUUUUUGCUCGAUGGACCGAGAAUAAGAGGCGGAAAUCUGGUGCUUUAUGAUUUUUGAAAAGGUCCCAUCUGAUGGUUUGUGUCACCGUGUGGUCCCAAAUGAAGAUUUCAAAACGACGGAAGAGACUGACGUUUCAUAGUCUCUGUGUCAGGCUGGCAAAGGAGGGUUUUGGCGUCGACUAAAUUGGUCAUUUGCAGGAUAUUUGUCAGAGACGUAAGGUUUUUGAAGAGAUUUGUGAACAUGCUAAAUGGCUCAUUUAAGCUGGGGGUUGCCAGAGUGGUCUCAGGGUUGCAGUGCCUAGCACCAGCUCUGCAGGAUAACGGCAACAUGAACGGCAAUACAGAGCAGCAGGACAUUCUGCCCCCUAACUGCAUGGUCAAAGAGCGAUGGAAAGUGUUGAAGAAGAUUGGAGGAGGGGGCUUUGGGGAAAUCUAUGAGGCGUUGGAUCUGCUGACGCGGGAAAAUGUGGCUUUAAAAGUGGAGUCAGCUCAGCAGCCCAAACAAGUCUUGAAGAUGGAGGUUGCAGUACUAAAGAAACUGCAGGGUAAAAACCAUGUGUGUAAAUUCAUUGGCUGUGGUCGAAAUGAUAAAUUCAACUACGUUGUCAUGCAGCUGCAGGGCAGAAACCUGGCAGAUCUCAGGCGAAGUCAGCCGCGUGGCACCUUUACCAUGAGCACAACCCUUCGCCUGGGAAAACAGAUUCUGGAGUCCAUAGAAGCUAUUCACUCUGUUGGGUUUCUGCACAGGGACAUCAAACCGUCAAAUUUCGCCAUGGGAAGACUGCCUUCAACAUACAGGAAAUGUUAUAUGCUAGAUUUCGGACUCGCGCGACAGUAUACCAACACCAAUGGAGAAGUCCGACCACCAAGAACUGUUGCGGGCUUUCGAGGAACAGUUCGAUAUGCAUCUGUUAAUGCACAUAAAAACAAAGAAAUGGGUCGGCAUGAUGACUUAUGGUCGUUGUUUUAUAUGCUGGUUGAAUUUGCUGCUGGGCAGCUGCCGUGGAGGAAAAUAAAGGACAAGGAGCAGGUGGGUCAGAUUAAAGAGCGUUACGACCAUCGGAUGCUACUUAAACACAUGCCAUCAGAGUUUAAUGUCUUCCUAGAGCAUGUUUUAGGCCUGGACUACUACACCAAACCCGACUAUCAGCUCCUGAUGUCAGUGUUUGACAACAGCAUGAAAGAACGCAUCAUCACAGAGAAUGAGCCGUAUGAUUGGGAGAAAAGUGGGACGGACUCCAUGAUCUCUGCCACCACACCAACCGCACAACAAAACACGCGGCCUACCGCAGCCAUGAUUGGGGUGUUAAAUGUGACCCCUAUGCCAGGUGACCUUCAGAGGGAAAACACAGAUGAUGUUGUGCAGGACGAGCACCUGAGCGAUCAGGAAAAUGCUCCUCCAAUUCCCUCUGGACGGCCGGCUGAUGGCAGCCAGUUGCCCACAGAUGCAGAUGGAUGGGAAGAGACAGAUUUUAAUCGCAACAAGCUCAGGAUUAACCUUGGAAAGGGAGGUCAAGAUGAGGAGGGUAAUCGAGGGAUGUGUCCUAUGUCACCACAAAGAGGAGGGGGAACUUUGGACUCUCCAGGUGUGCAUUUACACUCGCUCAGGUACCGACGGGUCAACAGUCCUGAAUCGGAUCGUUUGUCUACGGCUGAUGGACGAGAGGGUUACGGGCAACGAAUGGACAUCAUGGGUUCUCCAUCUCGACACAUUUACUCUUCCCAGCCCGCUCAGAUGCUGUCCGUCGAGGGUUGCCGCGGUGACCGCGGGCGUAACGAUGCUUCUGUGGAUCAAGAAGCCCACAGCAACGCCUUCAUCCGUUCUGUCCCGCUCGCAGAAGAGGAGGAUUUUGAUAGCAAAGAGUGGGUUAUUAUAGACAAAGAAACAGAGCUAAGAGACUUCCACCACCUCCCGGGAGCCGAGCCCACCACAUCCGGCACCACAGAUGAGGAACCGGAGGAAUUACGCCCUCUGGAGGAAGGAGAGGAGCGGAGGAGACACAGGGGGACCGAUCCGUCCGUCAGACCCAAAUUGUCAUAUGGUGACCGGACUACAAGGGGCAUGCUACCUCUUACAGAGGAGGAGGCAUCCAGGAGGAGUGGAAAAGGGCAUUCGACAUCAGCAGAGAGCCCGGUACAGUCACCCUGUCACUCACUCCUCUCCGGACGGCCACGGCGACGGGAGUCAGACAACAAUGGACCUCAGAGACAGGCUUCUUCUCCAAGUGAGCCUUUAUUAUCACCUACUGACUACAGGACAAAGUCUCCAUCAUCUGAGAAGGAGAUGUUCCACAUCCUUCCUAAACUGCAAGCUAAGCGAGCAGACUUCCUCACCGUCAUGCUUACGGGAAGCCUGCAGCAGCGUCGGGCCUUCACAGAACCACCUGAAAUACAGGACGAGGGACCGCGGGAUGAUGAUGUCACUAAAAGCGAGUCCAGCAGCGGGGCAAGCGAAAAGAGUACCGAACGUAGUCAAGAUGGUGCUCCAUCCACCUUAGUGGCUGAUGAUCCACACAAGGAGGAAAAGGAACCGGCUUCAGUGGCUGAAGUAGAUCCUGACCAAGAAGAUGUUUCUAAGACCCUUGUUUUGUUUUCUCCAGGCGACGUAAAGAAGUCUCCAAAUGCUAUGAAUGGGACUGAAUUGGAGCAGGGUCUGACGGGCUUUGAUGCUCUUCCAGAGGUUCAUGUCCAGGAGGAUAUAAAGCAAGUGCAGGGGUCUACAGAUUCAGUUGAGCUGACUUCUAAACCAAUCAUAACCAUCUCAACAUCUGCCGUGGCUUUGGACUCCAUUGCAUCACCCUCUUUCUCUAAAGUGGAGCGCACUUUUAUACACAUUGCUGAGACAACCCAUCUGAAUGUUAUGUCUUCCAGUGGUGCGCAGGUUAGGGAAGGUGAUCCUGAAGUUGUGGUGGUUGUUGAGAAGGUUGAAGGCAGAUCACAGACAAAAUGUAUCCAUUCUAAAAUAACAUCUCAGACAGUUACAGAAGAACCUCAGGUACUUAAUGUUUUGAAUGAAUAUUUGCAAAAUGAAAGUUCUGACAGAAAUGACAAUCUUAUAGUCUCCUCAGACUCAAAAGAACCCAUACAACAAGAUUCAUCAAUUGCUGGAAACCAUGAAAAACAACCACCAGAAGAAUGUCAUGAGGAGAAGCCAGCACCUGAGAAUGGUGCAUGCAGCGAAAAGCUUUCGAAACCUCCACGGCCAGGGAGCAAGAGCCGGAUUCCAAUCCUGGCCUCGGAAGAGGACACAAGAUCCGACCAAUCCCUGUCCACCAGAGAGCGAUUGCGAAGAAGAGCCAUGCAGCAGGACUUGGCACGCCAGGUUGUGGAAAAACAAAGACACUGGAAGAGACUGAAUUCCAGGACAUCUUCUUCAUUAUCUUCUGGAGAUGAGCCCAAGAGAGCAUCAGAGACCCUUUCUGUAACAGGCUCAGAGGAGGAUACUCAUGAAUCUGUAGAUACCCUUAACAAAGUGAAGAAAGAAGCAGAGGAAAAGCCUGGGACUGGAUGGCACAGCCGGAUCCCCAGACCAGUCACUCCAAUACGGAGGCCUUCAACCAAACUAGCAGUUGCAACACCUGGUCUUGUUGUCCUGUCAGGUGCUGGCUCUUUAAUGUUAGAACAAAAGCGAAGAAAUGGCCUAAAAGUUCAGUCACAAUCAAGUGCUCCACCAAUUCACACAAGAUCUAAAUCCUCCUUGUCCCGUUCCACCGUGCCAAGCGGAGGUAAUCGCAUGCCUCUCUCCUGCAUUCCUGCAACAUCCCGUCGCAGCUUAAGCACCGCAAACUGCACUUUCCCGUCUAGCCGUAUAGCAAGCCCCUCUCCCCAGAGACCACAUCUGCGGACUGCAGUCAACGAGUCCCGCACGCAGCCGUUUAUUCUCCGAGCCACUGUGGAGACCCCACUGAAGUCUAGGACUACUUCUUGCAGUGGUCCUGUGAGGGACCGCAACCUUCAACAAUCCAACAAUGCACCCGUGAAGAACCGAACCAAAGCUUCUGCUCUUUUGAAGAGCACAGCUCCCACCAAACGGGAAAAAAGCACAAGUAACACCACAGCUGCAGCCAGAUAAAACACUGUGACUGCUGUUUACAAUUACUUGAACAUGUUGCCUCAAAUAUACAAUCUUCGAAUUGACCAAAAUUAACAUUAUGAUUUAUUUAAUGUUCUUCCUAAUAGGUGAAUGGCUUGUUCGCAUUCUGCACUAUAUAAUUUAAUGUUGUACUAUAUGAACUUUCAUCACGUAUCACUUUGCUAAACGUUUCAAGGAACACAGUAAAGGUAUUGUCACAUUUAGAUAACAUGGUGCUAUAUUCUGUUGUGCAUAUUUAUGUUAAUAUCUGUUGUAAAGGUGUAUUUUAUAAUAAUUAGUUAGAUACCAUGUUGUAAAUUAUGUUGACAAUAAAAAAUUAUUUAUAUGUAUUUAGCCAGCACAAAAUAUUAUAUCGCCAGGCACACAGAACAUUAUAUCUACCACAUAUCCAUGAACUAAAAUGCACAAACAUCCUCUUGUCUGCAGCAGGGCCCUCUAUGUAAACCUUGUGAUGAUGGGCAUGCCUUGUAUUUAUCUUGUUUUCAAGUAUUUGUAUAUACAGCUGUACGCUUAUAUUCUUUUCAGUAUUUCUUGCACAUAGACCUCUUUAUUUUUAUCAGGCUGAAGAAAUGGGUUUCAUGUUUGUUAAAAGAAAUAUUGUGGGUUAUACAGUACUGAAUUGUCUCAUUUAUUGAGCAUGGGAAAAGUCACACAUUAUUACUUAUUGUAAGUGCAAAUAAAUGAAUAAUUUCCCAUCUUUUAUUAAAAUGGUAAGAUGUUAUUCUUCUCACAAUUUGUUUACAAAGAGCACAAAAUUGUCUUACGUGUUUUGUUUUAUUAUUUGUUUACACAUUUGCACAUUACAUUAUCAAUUAAAAAGACAUCUGGCUACAA